UCUCCAACCACUAGGCGGUGACCAAAGAUCACCAGACUUCAUACCGGUGUGAAUGGACAUGACCGUCGAUUGUAAUGCUUCAGUCUUGUAUUGUUGGACGGUCCGACCUGAUCGACACAUUGGCCAGCUGUUAUGAAUGCAUGCGUCCAAUCUGCCUUGUGCCGGACCCGGCGAUAUUAUUAUUAUUGAACGAGUGAAAUAGGACUUCAAAGGAUCAGGCCAAAUGGAGACGUGCGUGAGAUUCUUGCUGGUGGGAAUCGCAGAGCGGGUGGAGUUCCAACAGGUCGAGGCAUUCAUGACACGCCUGGAAAGCCUGCCGGACUUCAGCAAGCGGGUCGAGGCCGUCCCGGCGGACCAGUGGAGCGACUGGCUGACGGAGAAGAUCGGAAAGGAGAGGUGGCAGCACCACAAGUAUGAAGGCGAUCUGUUGGUCGUGCGUGAGGUGGCACUGCGUGGCGGUGACUGUCUGUUUGUAGGUGGUGCUAGGGAGUUUUACAUGUACGCUAAGCGCUAUUACGAGGCAGUGCCAACGUGCACCGUGGAACAUGCCCAGUUCCUAGUCGAAGAGCAUGUAGAGAAUGCCAAGCGCAUCGCGCAGCUCAAGCAGGAGCUCGCCGACAGCAAGCCAACGCCAAUCGUGGUAUGCGUGACGGACCCGACGUCGGACAUAGCGCAAGGUGUGCUGGCCAACUUACUGAGCGAUGGCAUGUUCCCACCUGGCAAGCACUUUGCCUUGAACCUUCUCGUUGACAAGUUGGAUGGCAUGGAGGCGGUGACGCAGGAUGUGGAAGACUGUGCGUUGGCCAAUCUUCAGUCCAUCAACGUCACCACAAACCUUGGCGAGGCGUUUGGAAAUGCCGACGUCGUAAUUGUGUGCGAGCAGCCGAGCGCACCCUGUACAACCCAGGAUGGCGAGGUGUUUACACUGAAGGAUUCUCUGAGUGAGCACCGAGAACUACUAGUCCACUUUGCCGAGGCUAUGUGCAAGGUGGGCAAGGAAAGGCUGCGUGUGGUCGUCACAGGCCCACAUGGCAACAUCGGCACGUCGUCAAUACAUCAAGUGUUCCGUUCGCGCCAGCAUGCCGGCAGCGACCGGCGGGUGACAUCGCAGGCCAGCCUUUGUGAGCGCUACGCCAAGAUGUUGAUCGCAAAGGCAGUGGGCACCAGAGCGGUGAACAUCACCAACGUUGUCGCCUGGGGUAAGCUGAACCGCCCCUGCUUGAUAUCAGCUUCUAGUCUUACCAGAGUGCAUCGGCAUGGUGGCGCCAUCUACGGCGGACCGGAUGGCUACACGCGCCCACUGCACGAAGUACUCCACAACAAGAGUUUCCUGGCACGUGACCUGCAGCAGAAGGUGCGCGAGCAUGCACUGACGGACGGUGGCGUGAAUGCGGUGGGCAAGGCGGUCGCCGAUGUCGUCCAGCCGUACUUCUGGUGGCCGUCAGCACCGCCAGUGGUCUUUAAAAACCAGUUUACGACCGUAGGUCUUGCCGAUGUCAGCUGUCUGAAUCUUGACAUACCCGAAGGCAUCACUUUCGCCUGUCCUGCACGCUUUGAUAUGGCGAUCGGCGCUUGGGUUGCAGUUCCUGAUCUGCCGAUUUCACCCGACGAGCAUGCAGCAAUUUCGAAAGGAGUGAUAAAAUUGUCCGAGUACUUCAGCAAGUGUGGCUUAGGUGGUUCUGAAACUUCUGAUCCUAGCAAAUCUGAUGAGAACACGGAAUCGUAAUCGAGUUAGCUUUGGAAGCCUUGAAAAUUCCCUGGAUAUCACUCAAGUUCUCCUGCAGGGUGUUAUAAUUGGUAAGCUUCCAGUUGCAAGGAAGUCCGACUGGUACAUGUACGGUAGCAGUACUAAGCUGUGCACAUUUUCACCGUGCGCCAUUCUGCCUUCAAAGUGCAUGACCGUGUUGCGUUCGUCAGUUUGAGUGUUGAUCGGAAAAUGUAACGUUGCUGAGACCAAAGUGCGGUGUCGUGCAUUUCACAUUGUGUGUGAGAGAGAGAGAGAGAGAGAGAGAGAGAGAGAGAGAGAGAGAGAGAGAGAGAGAGAGAGAGAGAGAAAGAGAGAGAGAGAGAGAGAGAGAGAGAGAGAGAGAGAGAUAACUGUUAGCCUAGUGCUCUACAACAAUAAUUCCAAAAGGAACUGUGACGCAUCCACAUCCUUUUUUGCACUUGACAAAAGCUGUAUAGGAAUUUGAUUGGGACAUCAUGGACUUAAUUCGCCCUCGUUGUGUUGAACUCUUGAUCUGUCGAACGCUUUCUUCUGUUUGCUGUUUUGCUACAUGUUGCAUACUGUAUUGAGUCUAUUGAGCAUGCUGCUGUAAGAUGUAUGCUCAUCAUGACAUGUGAAGUUGAUGUGUACAUGCAAAAAUCAGUCAAGCAUCUGUUAUACUGUAUCGGAAUUACA